AUGUCAGUGGGAAACAUCAGCUCUGUGAAGGAUUUUUUCAUAGUUGGCUUUCCUGGACUUCAGCCUCAUUACUAUGGCCUCAUAUCAGCCAUUCUGUUUCUUGUUUAUGUGUUUACAUUGGUGGGAAAUGCUGUAUUUUUUACAGCUUUUGUAACAACUAAGAGCCUUCAGAGGCCUGUAUAUUAUUUCAUUAUAAAUCUAGUCAUGUGUGAUGUACUAUUCAGCACAGCCACAUUACCAAAGAUAAUCAGCAGAUACUGGUUCCAAGAUGGAACCAUUUCAUUCUUGGGUUGUUUUGUUCAGAUGUUCUUUGUGCACUAUUUAGGUGGUGUUUGUUCAAAUGUUCUGGUAGUAAUGGCUAUGGAUCGCUAUGCAGCAAUUUGUUAUCCACUUCAAUAUCAUAGUCUCAUGACAAACCGAAAUGUAGUCAUUUUGAUCAUUGGCUCUUGGAUUUUGAGUUUAGCAGGACCCUUAAUGAUAGUCAUCCGAGCUUACCCUCUCCCUUACUGUGCCGAAAACGCCAUCAUACACUGUUACUGUGAUCAUGUGUCUGUAACAACAUUGACGUGCACUGAGAGAUCACUGUAUAGUAUUCCAGCCCUCAUUUAUGCCCUUGUUGUACUAUUAGGCUCCUUUGUUGUUAUUAUAUUCUCUUACUGCUCCAUCUUUGUGGCAGUUAUGCGAAUCUCAAGCACUCAAGGAAGGAUGAAGACUUUCUCCACCUGCAGUCCUCAACUCAUCAUAAUUGCUCUCUAUUUUCUACCCAGGUGUCUAAUUUAUUUAUUUGGCAACAUUGGUGUGAAGUACAGUACUGAUUUGCGAUUACUCAUUGUUAUGAUGUAUAACCUACUACCACCCAUGAUAAACCCCCUGAUUUAUUGUUUGAGAACAGAAGAGGUAAAAAAGAUUUUAAAAAGACCAUUCCAAAAGAAACAAAUUGGCAUUCCUUUACAGUCGGUCUGA